CUUAGCACGGUGCAAAAGCUCUUGUCUCAAAACCUGGUGUCAAUAAAUGUCCAGGAUGAAGAUCAAUAUACUCCUCUUCACCGCGCUGCCUAUAACGGACACAUGGAAGUGGUGCGUGAGCUGAUUGCUCAUGGGGCAGAUGUCCACGCGUUGACCGUGGAUAGCUGGACACCUCUGCACAGUGCGUGCAAAUGGAACAACACCAAAAUUGCCUCAUUCUUGCUCCAACAUGGGGCAAAAGUCAACGCUCAGACCAACGGGUUGCUUACACCUCUGCACUUGGCAGCCGGAAACAGAGAGAGCAAGGAAACCCUUGAACUGUUACUCAUGAAUCGAUACUUAAAGCCCAAUCUCAGAAACAACUUGGAAGAGACGGCUUAUGACAUUGCUCGAAGGACUGACAAAUACCAUUAUUUGUUUGAAAUUGUUGAACACUGCACAAAUUCUGUCGCAGACUCUUAGGAAUUGUAUACCUAACACACAUGGCCAGAGCUUUUUAAAGAAAUCUAUUUUGUCAUUGCAUUCUCAGCUCUUUAGGUCAUAACUUAGCAGGUGGCUCAAAUGAGGCUCUGUUGAGUAACACUGACAUUAUUUUUA